AGAUCUUCAAAAGAGAGUCUGUGAUCUUCCAGAAAGAUGUCUACAGCUUCAUCCAUCUGAGUGUUCAGGAGUUUCUGGCUGCAGUCUUCAUGUUCCACUGUUUCACCAACAGGAAGACAGACGUCCUGAAGACCUUCAUCGAUAGGAGACAUCACCGUAUUGAUGGUGUUUUCACGUCUCUCCAUGUUUUCCUGAAGGUCGUCCUUCAGAAAUCCCCCAGAAGUCCAAAUGGACACCUGGACCUGUUUGUCCGCUUCCUUCAUGGCCUUGCUCUGGAAUCCAACCAGACACUCUUAGAAUGUCUGCUGGGUCAGACAGAGAUCAGUCCAGGAACCAUCCAGAGAGUCAUCAAGAACCUGAAGAAGAUCAACAGUAAAGAAGUGUCUCCUGACAGAAGCAUCAACAUCUUCCACUGUCUGAUGGAGAUGAAGGACCUCUCAGUACAUCAGGAGAGCCAAGAGUUCCUGUCAAAGAACAGAUUUGGGAAGAGACUCUCUGAGAUACACUGCUCAGCUCUGGCCUACAUGCUGCAGAUGUCAGACCAGGUCCUGGAGGAGUUGAACCUGAAGAAGUACAAGACAUCAGAGGAGGGACGACGGAGACUGAUCCCAGCUGUGAAGAACUGCAGGAAGGCUGAUCUCUCUGGCUGUGAACUCUCGGAUUCUCAUGGUGAAGCGAUCACUUCAGCUCUGACCUCUGACCCCUCCCAUCUGAAACAUCUGGAUCUGAGUAACAACAACCUGAAGGAUUCAUCAGUGAAGAUUCUGAGUGCUGGACUGGAGAGUCCAAACUGUAACCUGGAGACUCUGAGGUUGGAGAGCUGCAGGUUGUCAGAGAUCAGCUGUUCUUCUCUGGCCUCAGCUCUGAAGUCCAACCCCUCCCUCCUGAAACAUCUGGAACUUCUGGACCUGAGUUUGAACCGUGUGCAGGAUUCAGGAGUUUCUCAGCUGUGUGGUUUUCUGCAGAGUCCACUCUGUGUUCUGCAGACUCUGAGGUUGGAGAGCUGCAGUUUGUCAAAGAUCAGCUGUUCUUCUCUGGCCUCAGCUCUGAAGUCCAACCCCUCCCACCUGGAGGAACUCGACCUGGAUGACAACCAUCUGCAGGCUCCAGAUGUGCAGCAGCUGGUUGCUCUCCAGCAGAGUCCAGACUGCAGCCUGCAGACUCUGAGGUGGAAGAACGACUGAGAGCAGAGAGGAGGCUGUGAGUCCUGAAGAUUCUCUUCAUCCUUCUCUUCCUCCUCCUCUCCUCAGAACUUUUCACCUCACUGAAUGUGACUCUGUGAAACAAUACAUACGAGGGGGGAACCAAAAGUUACCGGACUGUGGUUAUAAAAAAAAAAAAGAAAAAAAGAAUGAUUUCAGACUUUUGGCCAUUAUAUGUCACUAUAGCAUAGCCUUAAGCAUUACUGUGAAAAAUUUCACCUCACAAAGACACACAGGCAGCUCACAGGCAGUGUUUAUGUUGUUACAGUCCCGCCCCCUUCUUCGAAAAAUGCGAAAAUGGUCCCGCGCCUCUUAACCACGGAGCAGAAAGAGGCUCGCGUGGACAUGUGCCAGGAGCUGAAAAGUCAGCUGGAGGACGAUGCAGGCUGUUUGGGACGAUCAUCACUGCUGCGGCAGCUCCGGGAGGCGGUCAGGCUGAAGCGGCCGGCGCUGUGGGAGAGUGGGGACUGUUCUACGCACAGGGUUCUGCGCGUAAAACAGUUCCUGAUGAAAAACGGCAUGGCCCUGCUUCCCCAUCCGCCGUAUUCCCUCGAUUUAGCCAGGUGCGAGUUUUUUGUCUUCCCAAGAAUGAACAAGGAACUGAAGUCGCAGAGAUUUGAUGACGUGGAAGAAGUGGAAAAAAAAUCGAAGGACGCUUUUAAAGGGACCAUUACGCAGCAGCAUGCUGAGUGUUCUGAGCAAUGGAAAUCCCGGCUGCAGCACUGUAUUCAAGCCGAAGGAGAGUACUUUGAAGGUGACAGUUUUGAUUAAAUGCGAAAAUAAAAAAAUAAAAAGUUAUAACCACAGUCCGGUUUCUUUUGGGUCCCCCCUCGUACAUCUGACAUGGGAACAAGUCCUUGUUUUUCAAAGACUGCUCUGAGAAGAUUUUUUGACUGACAUCUGUUCUCAAAGUUUUUCAUUUGGAUCAGAGAAAGCCACUCUCCAACUGAUGGUUUGGUUGUAUUUAUUCUGUCACAGCAAUUGGCAAACCUCCAAUCACUGGACAUGACCAAGAACCACCACAACGAAAAACUAAAGAUACGACAAACAUACAUUGUUGUCAGUAAACAAAGUCAAAUGAGACCAAAAUUUACAAAAUUUGGCCAAACCUUCAGGAGUGGUUGGUCCAUUUUUACAGUCUUUUCUCCAGAGAGGUUUUCCCAUGUCCCUGCAGUCUCAUUCUCUCCUUCCUCUUUUUCGUCCUGGAAGUACAUAUAUCCUCAUACAGCGUGACGAGCACGCUGACAGUGUGCAUCCUGUUUUGUCCUGUGCAUGUCCUGUCGUCCUGUUUUCUAUCUGCCUUCAUUGUUCUCCUGCCUCCCUCAUUACUGCCCUAAAGGGUAUCAACUGUCCUGCCCUCUAUAUAAGCCCUGCUCUCCUGGUGUGUCUUGUUAGUUCUAUGUGGGUCUGUCUGCAUGCUUUUGUGUCCCUGCCUGCAUGUUGGCUAAGCUCAGCCGUCCUGAAUCCUGCGUUCCUGAAUCCUGCGUUCCUGUAUCCCUGUGUUCCCGUUCCUGAAAAUAAAGGACUUUUUGAACUCCGCCUGGCUGCCUGCGCGUGGGUCCUUCCACCUUGCAUCAUGACAGAAGGAACCAACCAACACUGGACCCAGCGGGCAGUGAGUCUGAAGCUGCCCCGGAUCGUCUGCCUCUGGCUGCCGCCGGCACAGCUCGCACCCAGAUUGCAUGUCCCGGGCCCCCGCCAGCGAAGAAGCUUGCCCCGGAUCGUGUGUCGGUGAAGAAGCUCGCCCCCAGAUCAUGUGCCAGCAAAGAAGCUCGCCCCCGGACCGUGUGCCCCGGGCCCCCACCAGCGAAGCUUGCUGUUUCCCCUGAUUCUCCCGUCCUGGACGGCCUUUGGGGAGGGAGGAGUUCCGAUCCUGUUCCUGCUGGUGUGCAGCCCUGUUCCCAUUCUUAUUGCUGCUGGUGUGCAGCCUUGUUCCCGUUCCUGUUGCUGCUAGGAGCGCAGCACACCUGUUCCCGUUCCGUCAGUUCCCCGUCUGCUCCUGAGCUCUGUCAAUGCAGGGUAAAAAGCGCUAUAUAAGUCUCGUCCAUUUACCAAGCCCUGCUCUCCUGGUGUUUCUUGGUGGGUCUGUCUGCAUGCUUUUGUGUCCCUGACUGCAUGUUGGCUCAGCUCAGCUGUCCUGAAUCCUGCGUUCCUGAAUCCUGCGUUCCCGUUCCUGAAAAUAAAGGACUUCUUGAACUCUGC